AUGAGAAAUCUUUACAAUAGAAAAUAAUUUAAUUAGAAAAAACUAUAGAAGUAAUAAAAGAGGAAAAUAAAAGAUUAGAAAAAGAGAGAGAUAUUAAAAUAGGAGAAUUCUAAUAAAUGGUUUAAAUGGUAAAUUUAUAUGAAAAUAAAUUAAAAAGUUGUGAAAGAAAAGAAGAAUAAUUAGGAAAAAUUUAAAAGGAAAAUUAAGAAAAAAUGCACCUUUUUUUACUCGAAAAGGGAAGAUUUGAACUUGAUAAAUAAAACUUGGAAAAAAAUCAAAAUUAAGUUUUACAAAAUCACAAAGAAGAAAUUUCCCAAAUAAAAUAAAAUUUCGAAAGGCAAAUCUAAAAUAUGA